ACGUCCAUGAAUCUGUUCCCGGCCAUUUUAUUCUGUUUCAUUCUCCAUCACUUUCUGCGCUGCGGCAGUGCCCUGCGCGAGUGUGACAGAGAGUAAGAAAGAGAGAGAGAAAGAGAGACUUGUAGUGUCUGUCGAGUGUCGCGAAAUAAAUUUGCGAACGGUGUGAGCAAUGGCAGGUAGAUUGUUUGCGAGUCGCUUGCGAUCCGUCAUCCAGAUCCAAAGAUGCGGAAUGAUGACGAUGGACCGGGUCGGUAACAGGGAUGUGGUCGGCUUUGGAUACAACGGUGAGCCCACCUACUUGGACAGGGUGGAUUUCCCUUGUCCUGCGGUACGCUGGAAGGAAAACACCCCCGAUGUCAUGGCGCUGAGAGAGAAGGAAAAGGGAGACUGGAAGAAGCUGUCGAUCGAGGAGAAGAAAGCUCUGUAUCGCGCCAGUUUUCGCCAGACGUUCUGCGAGAUGAAUGCACCGACGGGCGAGUGGAAGGGCAUGGUCGGCAUAACUAUGAUGGUGGUGACCGCCGCCAUAUGGCUGUUUCUGUACUUCCAUACAUUUGUUUAUCCACCUUUGCCUGAAACGUUCUCGCUAGAAAGACGAUUGGCGCAGUUAGACCGUAUGAAGAAGCUUGAUAUGAAUCCGAUCGACGGGCUCUGCGCUCGAAAGUAAAUUAAAUUUACCUUGUUACUACUAAUUUACUUAGUCAUCAUGUACAGUAUCUCGUUCUCCGGGCGCUUGUAUGUACAUGUACAAGUGGCGAAAUUUUAAUAAAUGCCAAGUGAUUACAUUAGAGCGCUUAUCGAUAUAUCAAAA